AUGAAGAAGAGAAAAGCGUCGUACAGCGACCAUGGCAACAGCCGCCAGCUAGACGGCUCUUCUGCCACCUCUUCUGCAACCCAUUCCCACUCCCUCAACGACGCCUCGGCCAAGCGGCUGCGUCUCACCAAACCCGUCGACGUGGAGCUCACGACGCCUUCGUACGACGUGACCCGCGAUGUGUCGGACGAGCUGCUGCUGCGCAUCUUCUCCUACGUCGACGAGAAGACGCUGCUGGCCGCCGCGCCCGUGUCGCGCCAGUUCUACAGAGUCGCCUCGGAUCCCCAGCUGUGGCGCUCCCACUACUACCGCAGGUUCAUUCUGCCGCGCGCCAACCGCAUCCCGGGCCUCAAGGGCAAGAACCCGGCACACGCUUCAAGUCAAGAUUGGGAACAGGGUCAGUCGUCAACGCAAACACAAACACAAACACAAACGUCUGCGGGGGCCAAUUCCAACGCCGAACAGGGCAGCUCCAGCUCCAGCUCCAGCUCCAGCUCCAGCUCCAUCUCCAAUCCCGGCUCGUCGAUAUUGGCCCCCACGGCCGUUGAUGCCGUUGAUGCUGAGCCCGUCAAGCUCCCCUUCAAACCCGUUGACCCGGCCGACAAGUCCAGCCACCCAACGGACCUCGUCGACUGGAAGCAGCAGUACCGUCUGCGACACAACUGGGCGCGCGGUCUCUGCGAGGUGCGCCAGGUCCAAGUCAACCCUAAUUUCUCCCUGACUCCCAUCCUGGAGCGCCGGACCUUGGUCAAGGUUGUCAAUGGCCUCGCCGUCACCGUCGACCUGCAAGCCGGGCUCCGGGCCUGGGACUUGCGCACGCAGCUCUCCAUUGCGCAAACAACCACCGAGACCCAUGAUGGCAUCCACCUCGUGCCAACGGCGCUGGCUUUGGACGGCCAGAAGCUCGAGGCGGGCACCUUGGACAUCAUGCUGGGUUUCAACGAUGGCACUUUUGGCAUCUGGCGCCUGACGGUCAAUGAGGGCCGGCUGGCCGUCUUGUAUCGCCAGGACAAGAGCUACGUGGGCAGACUCACAUCGGUCGCAUACUCAUACCCGUAUGCUCUGACGGCCGCUGAGCUGGGAUUCAUCACCCUGUACACCUUUGAGACGCCCGCCCCAGAGCCGGAGCAGACGUCUACUGCUAGUCCGAGCCAUCGUGAUGGUGACAUAGGUUAUCUGAGCGACGGCGAAUUGUCUACGCUACAAGUGGGAAGCCAAGUAGACAAGAGCGCAGACCUCUCCAACCCUUUUGUGCUGUCGUCACUCAAGUCCGAUUAUUCGCGACAGCCGCUGGUCUUGUCUCUCCGUCAGCUCAAGAACUCGGCUGUUGCCUCCAUUGCCUACUCGUUCGACACUGUCGGCGGCUGGGCCAUUGGCAUUCAAAACUUUGACAUCCGGCCUUCGGGCAGCUCCAAGCCGGAUGUCAUCACGUCUCGCGUUGCCUACACCCUACCUACUGAGACGGGAGCAUUGGUCACCACUUCAUCGUACCGGCCAAAGUGCCCUACAUGCUCCAACUUUCCCGACUUGUACAUGGAUGAUGACGAGGGCGGGCCAACCAAGCUAUGCUACAGCCACCCCUACCUGCUCGCGACCAUGCACGACAACACACUUGUGCUGUUUGUUGUUACUGCGACGGAAAAGUCCCUUGUCAUUUCCAACGCUACGAGGCUCUAUGGCCACACCUCGGGCAUCGCCGAUGCCGACGUAACCCCAGAAGGCAGAGCUGUUAGCGUCAGCCAGCGUGGUGACGAGAUUCGAGUCUGGGAUCUCGAGGGACGCCAAAGCGACGUGAGCGUCGAAGUAAGGCCUAGAGAAGGCAGAGACUACAGCGAUGCUGAUGACGAGGACGAUUCCUCAGACGAAGUAGAGCAUAGGCGAAACUGGGUUGGGACUGACGACCAUAGAGUCACAGUCCUGAGAGAGACGUCUGAUGGCGCAGAGAGCUUGGUCACAUAUGAUUUCACUUGA